AUGCCGGCGUAUCAUUCCUCGUACAAUGAUGAGCCGAAUGUGCGGCAGAUUGCGGGCGUGUCCAUCCUUCCACUGAAUGCGCGGAGCCGUGGACCGGCCCCAAUACCAGUGGAUCCUUCGCGUCCGGAUAUUGUUGAUGAGGCCAUUGAUCUGUUUCGUGCGAACUCGCUCUUCCGCAACUUUGAGAUCAAGGGCGGGGCAGAUCGUACGCUGAUCUACCUAAUUCUGUUCAUUUCUGACUGUCUUAGCCGCAUUGCUGCGGCGCCCACCACAUGGACCAAGCAUGAGGCGACCAAGCAGCUAUCGUCGCAUGCUGUCGAUGCGUUUGCGCUUCCAGGGGACGCCAACUUCCCCUUGAGCUCUUUAUACUCGGCGCCAGAGACGCGCGCUGAUGCUGAUACAUUGCGUCAGUACCUUAUACAAGCACGGCAGGAGACAGUGACGCGCCUGCUGGAUAAAAUAUACAUCGACGACGUUCCUAGCCGUUGGUGGCUCGCGUUUACCAAGCGCAAGUUCAUGGGCAAGAGCUUGUAA